GUUGAAUUUGCUAAAUGAAAUAUACUGUCUAUUCUCCAAACAAAAAAUUGCACUGCCUAAGCAGGGGUGGUUAAUAAUAGUUGUAAAUACUAAUUAGUAAAUGUUUUAAAGGUUAUCGCCAGAGUAAAAACAUGAUUAGAAAGUUCAAGGUUUGUUGCAAAUGAUAGAUUCACAAUUCGAGAGCAUGCAUUAUUAUCAAAGUUCGAUAGAAAACCAACCUAAUUUCAGAACUGACCCUGACGAUUGUUUGGUUGAUCGUCAACAAACUAAAACUGUUAGACACUUCAAAUCGCAAGAUAAUAUUUCCAAAACUGCUCUAUCUAAUCUCCUAAACCUUGUGGACACAAAUAUUUUAAAAUCUACAAAAUUAAAUCAUUCUAAAUCUAAUGCCAAUAAGUAUAAAAUUGUAUAAUUUUCAGUGAGGAUUCUUUUCCUAAAUAUAGAAAGCCUUUGAAAACUGAUUGUUCAGUUGGAUUUUAAAAUGACUCAUAAGAAGAUCGAAUUAAGACAUAAAUGACGAAUGUUUCUAUUUAAGAUGCUUGUGUAUAAACAAAGCCAAAAAAAUAGAAAAAAUUGGGUUUUUUCACCUAUGAAAUCUCUUAUAUUUCACCUAAAUGCAAGAAUUGUGGGUCUGAAAAGAAAAUGCUAGAAGAUAAAAGCAUUUAAAAUUAAAGAGCUCAAAGUAAUUACGUAAAUGCUUUUAAAGAGUAUGCAAAAAAUGAAAGUAUAUAAAAAUGCUUUAUCUCGAAAUUUAACAAUAAGUUUAAUUUAAUUUUAAUUUAUUUUUAGGAACAAAUCAGAGUUUUCAGUAGAUCAAAAGAUCGAAGAUUAACUAUUUGGUUACAAUUCUAUUGCUUUAGAAAGCAAAUAUCAGCCAUAGUAAUAAUCAAAUGGCCAGAAAGAUCUAUCUUUUCAACAAGCAAUUAAGAAGAAUAAAUCAUAGAAGAAUUUCACAUAAUUAGCACAAGAUGUUAAAAUAAUAUCACCUCCAAAAUAAGGAUUCUUUAUAAAUGCAAAUAUCAAAUAACAAAAGAAAGUAUUGGCUUAACCAUACAAACUAAUUUCUUAAAAAAUGAAAUAAAAAACAUUGAUCAGUUGA